AGCUGUUCAAAGAUGUCACACCCUUUCAACCUUAGAAACAUCGACAAUGUACGCCUCAAGUCUUGCUGUUCUUCUCCUGGUCGCCAUGGCUAGCGCCACUGGUGGAUAUGGCGGUGGUUAUGGUGGUGGUUACGGCGGUGGAUACGGCGGUGGUUAUGGAGGCGGUUUUGGAGGCUUCGGGGGUGGCCUUGGUGGUUUUGGAGGUGUUGGUCUCGUAGGAGUUGGUAACAUUGGCGGCUGGGGACGUGGAGGUGGAUACGGAGGAGGACACGGAGGCGGAUACGGAGGUGGAUACGGAGGUGGAUACGGAGGCGGAUACGGAGGUGGAUACGGAGGUGGAUACGGAAGUGGAUAUGGAGGCAGAUAUGGAGGUGGAUAUGGUGGAUACGGCAAAGGUGGUGUUGGAAUCUUGCCCGUUCUUGGAGUCGGUGGAGGAUUUGGAGGAUCUGGCUAUGGUGGAAAGGGCUACUAGACCUAUCAAAAAAAGAACUAUAUGAUUUAGUUUGGACACUCAAUAAAAUAAUUGAUUGUUAAACAAACACAA